ACGAUUAGCGAAUAUUUGGGAUCAUGUCUGGACGCGGCAAAGGCGGGAAGGGUUUGGGGAAAGGAGGCGCCAAGCGGCACAGGAAGGUACUGCGGGAUAACAUCCAGGGCAUCACCAAGCCCGCCAUCCGCCGCCUGGCACGGAGAGGGGGAGUCAAGCGCAUCUCUGGCCUCAUCUAUGAGGAGACUCGGGGGGUCCUCAAGGUUUUCCUGGAGAAUGUCAUCCGGGACGCCGUCACCUACACCGAGCACGCCAAGAGGAAGACCGUUACCGCCAUGGAUGUGGUGUACGCUCUCAAGCGCCAGGGCCGCACUCUCUACGGCUUCGGGGGCUGAAUCUGCUCAUAAACCGAUAUAAACCCAAAGGCUCUUCUCAGAGCCGCCA